AUGGGCAACUCACAGAGUGUAGCUAAAUUUAUUACAAAGACAAGGCAAAAAAAAGAAAAGGAUAUUUCAAUUAGAGAUAUUCCUCUCGACCCAAAAUGGAUUCCGGAAGAUGCAGGGUCGCUCAAUCUAGAGCGGCUGAGUCUCAUUAAUGCAUCACUUCCAUAUUUGCCUGAUGUUAUUUUUCAACUCAAAUCACUUGAAAGUCUGACAGUCACAGGAUCGGAUAUCACCAGUAUUACAGGAAUAGGAUCCCUUGUUCGUCUCAAAUCCUUAAUCCUACACUCCAACAGCAUUGAUUGGCUUCCUGACGAUUUUUACAAACUUACUGAGCUGGAAGAACUCGAUUUGCACAACAAUCGUGUUAGCCAUCGAGGAAUUCCACCCGAACUAUUUGCAAUGCACAAUAUUCGAUCAAUAGAUUUUAGUGGAAACAAAUUUACCACAUUGUCCAUUGAAUUUGCAAAGUUUGGCAGUAAACUACGCGAGAUUAAACUGCACGAUAAUCCAUGGAGUCAGCCAGAACUUCAGCCAUUGUCAGCUUCAUUGAGCUCGCAUGAUACUCGUCUGAUUCUUUCUAGUAUCAGUGGCGAAUCGAAUACAUGUGAAUCUAUAGCUGCCCUUGCAGCUCAAAGUGUUACUGCACACAUCAACAAAUCCAGUUCGUCAAGAAUCGCAUUUGAUCCUCCACAAACGGCUUUACCUGUUUUUGUCCACAAUAAAGAACAAGAAGAAGCUACAAAGGAAAAAAAGCAUAUAGGUGGCUUUUUUGGACGCCGAUCAAGUGAUACUCACACCUUUUCUCAAAAAUCAUCUAUUUCUGGGUCUAAACCGAUCAAUUCCACUACAAUCGAUGCUCCCAGUAAAGAACCUAGACCUUUAAGAAAACAAUCGAAAACUGUGUCACCAGUUUCUCAAAAAGAAUUAAAUUCGACUAUUGAUCUUAGUGUAGAAAGAUCGGAAAAACCGCUGGCUUUAGCUACUCGUGCAUCGGGUCCUAGAGGACGCAAACCCCCUUCAACCAAUUUCAUCCAAAAAAAUGCUACUGAAAGUCCCGAAAUAUCUGUCGAGUCUCCUGUAUCAUUACUAUCAAAAUCUUUUACUGAUUCAACUCAGAAACUAGAGCGAGCUCCUGUUCCACUUCCAUCUACAAGACAGCAACGCGCACAUACCACCAACACACAGUCAACCCAGUCUGCCUCGCUUGUAGUGACACAUUCAGCUAAAAUUGACGAAUCCGAGUCUCUCCAUUUUGCAACUGUCCCAAAACCCAAUCAGCAAUCUGAUCUGGUGCGCAAAAAUGCCAUAAUGCAUAACCAUUCGUCCCCUAAUCCAACGAGCAAGCAAGAGACUAUUCAGCCACGAUCAGAAACCCCCAGUGGUGCACAACCGAUGGAGUCGAGCAAGCCAAAACCUAUGCCAAAAGGAGGAUUCAAUUAUAUGGGCGGAGCAGAGUCUGCAGCCAAUCUAGUUUCUGCAAUCAAAUUAACCAAGACUUCUUCUGCCAUUGCCAUGGAAUUAAGCGAAGGUAAUGCUAGUGCUUUACAGACUGGUGUUCAAGACACCAAUGCAAUAAAUCCAUCGCGUCCACCUGUGCCAUUACCUCCAAAACCUGCCCAAAGAGUUCGUAGCAUUGAUGCACCCAGUUCUCAACCAUGCAACGAUAGUUCAUCACAAGGAUCUAUGCCAAUCAGUUCCCCAAAAGCAACGUUGGAUCAAUCUAUUCAGCCUACUGUUAGCUUGAAGAAUAUAUCAUUGAUGAGUGCAGAUAAUUCUUUGCAUGGAUUCGAACAUGGUCCAGCUCUACCAAAAAGAGUGAUGAAACCAAAUCAGGCCCUGUCUCCAAGCACUACACGUCAAUACGACACUUACUCACCUCCACCCGUUGUGGCUGCUUCACCUGCUAGUCGUAUUUCGCCAGCAACUUCAAUUAAUACAUUGGCAAAUUUAUCUCAGAUGCCUGAACAUAGUAUCAUAGAAGGACCACCACCUCCAAUAAAAGUAUCCACUAAACCAUCUAAAGUAUGCGCUCCUUCAGGCAUGCUUCAUUCGCCCCGCAAUGCAGAGAAUGAAACAGUGCAAGACAAUGAAUCGUGUGUUUCAAAAGAGGGAUUUCAGCUAUUGCCGACUAAUGGGUCUUGUAACACUAAUGAGCCGCGUUUAUUGAGAAUCAAUCCGGCAGAUUUAAAAGUGAGACCAAGACGUGCUGAAAGUGCCAAUGCGUAUAGUACUGCAACAUCCAAACAUGCCAAAGACAAUGUGAUGACUGAAUCUGAACCAAGUCCACCCAACGGCAUUUCAAGCCCCCCUCAAUCCUCUAUAUCCGAAUUGUCACAAUCUCCAACCGCAAGUAACAUGUUGACUCGAGGUCAUCAACGCCAUGUGUCCGAAUCUGUACCGUAUCAUGGAUCUUCUCUAGAAAAUUCCAAUGAAAACAAUACCCAGUUUAAGAGAUCGCAUGGAAAAGAAAUUGUGAUUGCAAUGGACAUUAGAAAAGCGGCUCAAACUGAUGAUCUCCCCAUUGCACCAAAACUAUCAACAAGCAGUGAUUUGAAAUCUCAAAAUGCCAUUCCCCUUCCCAAACAGUCCAGUGUAAAAACACAUGCUUCCGUUAAUAGCUCCUUUUCAUCAUCAAUCACUCCUAAUAACGGGAAUAUGACUGUAGAGGAACCCACCACAUAUUUGAUUGGAAGUAUUUUACAUGAUGAGUCUUUACGCGAAUCUAGUGAACUCUAUGAAUCAAAUAUUCAUCAAAAUACUACCAGAUUAUUUGAAAAAGGCGACAAAAUGGAUGAAAAUAACCAUUUAGGAACCACCAGUUCUGUGCCUCUUACUACAACAAAGCAAAUGCUAGCAUCUAAACCAAAAUCAAUUGGAUUUGUUGCUACAUCAAACGAGGCCACUACUGUCUUUUUAAAAAACAAAGAGUCGGUUGGUAUUUUAGAUGAACCCAUUCAAAAUACUGCUAGUCUUGAUCGAAGCGGAGCCAACAAGCUUUCUGGAAUAUCUAAAAGCAUGAAUAUGCUUGCGUUAGAGGUCGUACCACCUCAACCCGCCCCAAAACCCAAUAGAUCUAUAGCACCUACAUUACAGCCCAAAGCACCCCAAGAAGAUUCUAGCCAGAACCCCAAAGGAAUUUCUCAAGCAGCAAGUGCUCGUUUGGCACUUCAAGAAAAACUAUCACAAGAUCAGUUAUGCAAACCAAAAAUCAGUGCUAUUUCUUCUGAUAUGUUGGUGUGUGCAGCACAACCCACAAAUCCUCCAACAUUUCAAGAAACGCGAGCAUUUACUCAAAGCGUAGAUAAUUUGAACAGCGAGAGUCCACAGCGACUGCCCAAACCAGCCUAUAUUGCUACGCCAGGUGCAGCUCCUGCCAAACCACCAAAACCACGAACAGCAUUGGGAGGAAAAUCUGAACAGAAAGAGGUGUCUCAACAAACUACGGUCCAACCAUCCUGGAAAAAACAAGUCCCUUCUUGA